AGCAGGCAGCGCCGCGGCACCCACACGGGCCACAGCGCCCCACGCAGCAGUCGCCGGCAUUCAUCCAAUUUGGUGCCACCUAGAAGGCUACGGACGACACAUUAGCCAGUGUAUUCUAGGCUCUAUACUCAGGCCCUGCUGAGCGUCAAUUUGCAACUUCUGAAACUUGCUAACCCCCGACUUCUUAGUAGUCAAGGCUGUGUGACACUUUAUCCUUAAUUUUUAUGCAGGAUUGUUGACGUGCUGAAUGUUGAAGAAGCCAUACCAUCUACAGUCUGUGGGGAUGAACGAACUGUUUAUCUUCUGCCAAACAUUCCCCUCUAUGUCAAACUGAGCAUCCACAGACAUCAGCAGGGGCACUAUUUUGGAAAUUGCCCUAGAGUUCUCCAGUGGCUGUAUAAUGACUCGUGCUCCUACAGAAUGUACCCUGGGAAGCUUUAUGAAGAAGCUGCAAGAGCCCUCAUUGCCAAGUUUCCCAAUUUGGCAGACUCCACAGGAACUGGAUAUGCUUUGAACCUCAAUGAUGCUGAGGAUGAAGACAGCAUUGCAGCUCACAUUGCUGGCAUGCAAAAAGAAAUGUUAAAAGCCAGUCCGAACUAUGAAUAUCUCAUGGACUCCAUAUCCAGAACGUAUUCGGAGCGAAGAUUAUGGAUUUCCAAAGAAAUUCCAAGUGUGGCUGAUGUUGUGGAAAAAUAUCCAGCACUUACAACAAGCACCAUUGUAAGCAUUCACAUUCACUUAUUUCCUCAUGGUAUAGACAUCUCUAUAAUGAAAGAAAAUUUACUGGCAGCAGUUGCAACACAAAUAGCAUUGUAUUGGGUUUUUGACAUUGUGUUUGAUCCGAAAGCGAAAAAAUCCCUCGACUUGUUCUACCGCGCUGCUCAAGUUGACAACGGAAAGUGUACUGCUCACUCGUACACAUGCUCUGGCAAUAUCCCGCGUUACGCCAGGGACCUCUCACCAGUGAGUCCGACUGGCAAGAGGCACUCGGGAACCCGAAGCUCCAACAUCAACCAGAGGCAGUUCAGGGGGCCCAAGAACUGCCGGAACGCCACCACGUUCCCGCCUCGACUCGGGCGUCACCUCUGCUAG